CUCCUCUGCCUUCUUAUCUCUUAUUUCUUCUUCUUCUCAAUCAAACUAGAUCUUGAUAUAGGAACUCAAGCUUACCAGUCUUCAUCGAUAUCUGUUCUUCACAAGAAAAAAUCUAGUUAAAAGAUGAGAUCAAGAGAAUGCGAUGAAGAUGAAAUUCAAGCAAAGGAAGAAAGAGAUCAUUUUCAUCAAGUAAACUUAAACAACAUGUUGCAACAGAAUCAGCCGAGUUCAGUAUCAUCAUCGAGGCAAUGGACUUCAGCUUUUAGGAAUCCAAGAAUCGUCCGAGUCUCAAAAGCUUUCGGUGGUAAAGACAGGCACAGCAAAGUAUGCACAGUCCGUGGCCUUAGAGACCGUAGGAUAAGGUUAUCCGUACCGACAGCAAUUCAACUUUACGACCUUCAAGAUAGAUUAGGGCUGAGUCAGCCAAGCAAAGUCAUUGAUUGGUUACUUGAAGCAGCAAAAGAUGACGUUGACGAGCUCCCUCCUCUACAAUUCCCACAUGGGUUUAACCAAAUGUAUCCAAGUCUCUUAUUCGGAGAAUCAUCAUCUACAUCAACAUUUCCAGGUACUAAUCUUGGGUUCUUGCAAAAUUGGGAUCUUGGUGGCUCUUCUUCAAGAACAAGAUCAAGAAUCACGGAUACUACAACAAUACCUAGAGAGAGUUUUGAUAUUGAUAAAGGGAAAUGGAUCAAACACGAUGAGAACAUUAAUCAUCAUCAAGAGCAUGAGUUCGACGCCAAUCAUCAACAAUUCUCUCUGACAAAACCUUACAACAACAACAGUACUUCCUCUUACUACAACCUCGGACACCUUCAACACUCGUUAGACCAGUCUGGUAAUAACGUUACUGUCGCAAUAUCCAAUGUUCCUAAUAAUAACAACUAUAAUCUCAAUUUCCGUCCUCCUCCUCCGGAAAUGAGCUCUCUAUUUCCGACGUAUCCUUCGUUCCUUGGAGCUGGGAAUCUUCAGCUCUUUGGCUCCAAUGCUAAUACAGCGUCGCAGCAACAAAUGAUGACGGGUAACUCGAGUUUAACUAGACCGUUUCAUCAUUUGAUGAGCUCAAAUAAUCAUGAUAUGGAUCGUCAUAGUAGUGACAAUGAUUCACAUUCAUGA